CCUGCAUUACCGAUUUUCAGCAUUUGGACAGGAACUACAUUUAGAACUUAAGCCCUCGGCAAUUUUGAGCAGUCACUUUAUUGUCCAGGUACUUGGAAAAGAUGGUGCUUCAGAGACUCGGGGACCCAUGGUGCAGCGAUGUUUCUAUCAGGGAUUUAUCAGAAAUGACAGCUCUUCCUCCGUCGCUGUGUCUACGUGUGCCGGCUUGUCAGGUCUAAUAAGGACACGGAAAAAUGAAUUCCUCAUCUCACCAUUACCUCAGCUACUGGCCCAGGAACACAACUACAGUUCACCUGCAGGCCACCAUCCUCACGUGCUGUACAAAAGGACGGCCGAAGAGACGGUCCAGCAUUACCAUGGCUACCCCGGCUCCAGCCAGAAUUAUCCUGGUCACAUCCCAAGUCACACUCCCCACACGUCUCAGAGUCAAGAAACAGAGCAUCACCAUCGAAGGUUGCAAAAGCAGCAUUUUUGUGGACGACGCAAGAAAUACGCCCCAAAGCCUCCCACAGAGGACACCUAUCUCAGGUUUGAUGAAUACGGGAGCACAGGACGGCCCAGAAGGUCAGCUGGAAAGUCACAAAAGGGGCUAAACGUGGAAACCCUUGUGGUAGCAGACAAGAAAAUGGUGGAAAAGCAUGGGAAGGCAAAUGUCACCACGUACAUUCUCACAGUCAUGAACAUGGUUUCCAGCCUAUUUAAAGAUGGGACCAUUGGAAGUGAUAUAAACAUUGUUGUGGUGAGCCUCAUUCUUCUGGAACAAGAACCUGGAGGAUUAUUGAUCAACCAUCAUGCAGACCAGUCUCUGAAUAGUUUUUGUCAGUGGCAGUCUGCCCUCAUUGGAAAGAAUGGCAAGAGGCAUGACCACGCCAUCUUACUCACGGGAUUUGAUAUUUGUUCCUGGAAGAAUGAGCCAUGUGACACGCUAGGGUUUGCCCCCAUCAGUGGGAUGUGCAGUAAGUACCGAAGUUGUACCAUCAAUGAGGACACGGGGCUUGGCCUGGCCUUCACCAUCGCACAUGAGUCAGGGCACAACUUCGGCAUGAUUCACGACGGAGAAGGCAAUCCCUGCAGGAAGGCUGAAGGCAAUAUCAUGUCUCCCACACUGACCGGAAACAACGGGGUAUUUUCAUGGUCUUCAUGCAGCCGGCAAUAUCUCAAAAAAUUCCUUAGUACACCUCAGGCUGGGUGUCUGGUGGAUGAGCCCAAGCAAACAGGACAGUAUAAAUAUCCAGACAAACUCCCAGGACAGAUUUAUGAUGCUGACACACAGUGCAAGUGGCAAUUUGGAGCAAAAGCCAAGCUGUGCAGCCUUGGUUUUGUGAAGGACAUUUGCAAAUCACUUUGGUGUCACCGAGUGGGCCACAGGUGUGAGACCAAGUUUAUGCCUGCGGCAGAAGGAACCCUCUGUGGCUUGAGUAUGUGGUGUCGGCAAGGCCAGUGCGUGAAGUUUGGGGAGCACGGACCCCGGCCCAUCCACGGCCAGUGGUCUACCUGGUCGAAGUGGUCAGAGUGCUCCCGGACGUGUGGUGGAGGAGUCAAGUAUCAAGAGAGACACUGCAAUAACCCCAAGCCUCAGUACGGUGGCAAGUUCUGCCCAGGUUCUAGCCGUAUUUAUCAGCUGUGCAAUAUUAACCCUUGUAAUGAAAAUGGCUUGGACUUUCGAGCUCAGCAGUGUGCAGAAUACAACAGCAAACCUUUCCGUGGAUGGUUCUACCAGUGGAAACCCUAUACGAAAGUGGAAGAGGAAGAUCGAUGUAGACUGUACUGCAAGGCUGAGAACUUUGAAUUUUUUUUCGCAAUGUCCGGCAAGCCAGUAGGAUGUGAUCAUGAACUUGGCUCUAAAGCAGUUUCCGAUGCAUGUGGUGUUUGCAAAGGUGAUAAUUCAACUUGCAAGUUUUAUAAAGGCCUGUACCUCAACCAGCAUAAAGCAAAUGAAUAUUAUCCAGUAGUCAUCAUUCCCGCGGGGGCCCGAAGCAUUGAAAUCCAGGAACUGCAGAUAUCCUCCAGUUACCUCGCAGUCCGAAGCCUCCAUCAAAAGUAUUACCUGACCGGAGGCUGGAGCAUUGACUGGCCUGGAGAGUUCCCCUUCGCGGGGACUGUGUUUGAAUACCAGCGCACCUUCAACCGCCCGGAACGCCUGUAUGCACCAGGACCCACAAAUGAGACGCUGGUCUUUGAGAUUCUGAUGCAAGGCAAAAAUCCGGGGAUAGCUUGGAAGUACGCACUUCCCAAGGUCAUGAAUGAAACUCAGCCAGCCCCAAGAAGACACAUCCACACCUGGAGUACAGUGCAGUCAGAUUGCUCCGUGUCCUGUGGUGGAGGUUACAUAAGUAUAAAGGCCAUUUGCUUACGAGAUCAAAAUACUCAAGUCAAUUCCUCAUUCUGCAAUGCAAGAACCAAGCCAGCAACCGAACCCAAAGUAUGCAAUGCUUUCUCCUGCCCUGCCUAUUGGAAGCCAGGUGAAUGGAGUGUCUGCAGCAGGCCGUGUGCGAGGGGCCAGCAGAGCAGGAAAGUCCAGUGUGUCCAGAAGAAGCCCUUCCAAAAGGAGGCGCCCGUGCUGCACUCCCUCUGCCCCGUGAGCACACCCACUCAAGUUCAAGUCUGCAACAGCCAGGCCUGCCCUCCAGAGUGGAGUGCCGGGCCCUGGUCUCAGUGUUCCAAGACUUGUGGGCGAGGGGUGAGGAAACGUGAAAUCCUGUGUAAAAGUGCGGCCACAGCAGAGGGCCUCCCUGAGAACCUGUGCUCCAGCAGCCCCCGACCAGAGUCCCAGGAGGGCUGUGUCCUAGGACGGUGCCCAAAAAACAACCGGCUACAGUGGGUCGUCUCUUCAUGGAGUGAGUGUUCCGCGACCUGUGGUCUGGGUGUGAGGAAGAGGGAAAUGACAUGCAGCGAGAAGGCCUCCCCGGGAAAGCUGAUCACUUUCCCAGAGCGAAGAUGCCGCAAUAUUAAGAAACCAAACCUGGACUUGGAAGAAGCCUGCAACCGAGGGGCCUGUCCAGCCCGUCCAGUGUACAAUGUGGCAGCUGGAUGGUAUUCAUCGCCAUGGCAACAGUGCACAGUGACCUGUGGAGGAGGGGUUCAGACCCGAUCAGUCCACUGUGUUCAGCAGGGCCGGCCCUCCUCAAAUUGUCUGCUCCAACAGAAACCUCCAGUGCUACGAGCCUGUAAUACAAACUUUUGUCCAGCCCCCGACAAGAGAGAGGAUCCAUCCUGUGUAGAUUUCUUCACCUGGUGUCAUCUAGUUCCUCAACACGGUGUCUGCAACCACAAAUUUUACGGUAAACAGUGCUGCAAGUCAUGCACAAGGAAGAGCUGAUCCCUGCCCGCUCCUUAGGGCCAGGGUCUUACCUUUCAACGUCUGGAGACACCAGCAGCUCCCAAAUGGUUUGCAGUGUUUGAGGAGCCGGCUCUGAGGAACAGACAGGCUUCUGAUUCAGUUCCCCAAAGCACAUGGUACUCUGAAGCACUUGAAAAUGGGAAGCGACGACAAAUCUGACUUAUAAAGAAACAAACAAAACAAUGUCAAUUUGCACUGUUACACUAAAGAAGUGACGAAUCACACUGAGAUACAUCAACUUUGGGACAGAUUCCCUCUUUGACUUUGAAAGGGCUCCAUGGCAAAGACAUCUGUUUGGAUAAGGUCCUUUAAGACUUCAGGUCACAGACAGUUGGAGAAUCAAAUACGGAUGGAAUACUGACUUGGAGCUCACAGUUUGCACCCCAAACCAGGAGUUAUACAAGAAGCCAAAUGGUGCUCACAACUGUGCUUGCUGCUGGACUAGCAAGCUUCAUGUUAUGUCUAUUUAGUGUGCGUGUGUUGUUUUUAUUAUUUUGUUUAAGGUAUAUUCUGCUUAUAGAAAGUCUCCAAGACUAAAAUUCACAACUUGAAAAGUAUUCCAAGGAAUAGUCUGUAAACAGGGCAACAUGGACUACUUAAGAUCUCCAUUUAAUUGAAAUUCACACUCUGGAGACAAAAAGAAAAGCUCUUAAGAAAGGCAAAUAUUGAUGCCCUACACAUUAUAUCAACCUCAUAACUUUUGGUGCUAGCUGAACAAGUAGACAGGAUCCUCGAGUCUGCUCUUUGGGAAUCGGAAUGAGUGAGAUGUCCAUUUCUGGUAAAAACCUAAAAGGAGUUAAAUAGCAAAAUCACAGUGUGUUGAAGGAAAGGAGACCAUCAUUUGUAAUGCUCCCUACAUAUUAUCAGAGCUGCUUGGAAAAUUAAAGGCCACUUGUGGUUGUUUCCUACCAACUGACAUGUUUAAAUUUGCCCUAGGAUUUAGUUAACAAGAAAAAAAGUCAUAGUGGCAAUAGAAAAAUCCGUCUGUCUUCCUGCUAUGUUAAUAUUAAUAAAUCACAAUAUGCCAAGACCCUUCAAUGAAUAAGAGUAUUUUACAAUCUUCCAGAUGAUAUUUUCAGUCUUCAAAAGCCAGUUGUUGGUUGGCACUAAGGAGUUUAAAAUUGUUCUCAAUUGGAAAAACACCACACUAUUUUGCCAAAACCAAAGUAACUUACAAGACUGUGUCCUUCUGUAAUUUUUUGAGAUGCGGUUUAUAAAAGACAUAUUUAUAUAAUUCUACUCUAUUCCUCAACUUCUUUGAUGAAAGUAACCCAAUUUUACUGCUUUAAAAAGUCUCAAUUCAAACAGGGAUUUGCCAGCUCAGCACAACCAACUACAUAGUGGUUUGUUAAAUUUAGAGUAUCCUUUGUUCCCAUUGUAAUUAAAAUCAUGUAUUCUGGAGUCUCAGAGAAAUCAUUAGAAUAUUCCCUCAACCUACUUGUCUUGGCCUAGAGUAGUGGUCAUUUUAUCAUCUGAAAAAAAGUUCCACAUCAUCACCCCUUGCCC